UGUCAGCGACCCUGCGAACUGUCAAACCCAACUCAAAACACAACACAACCUUCAUUCGCUACAAAUGUCUACAUUAAUUUAUUUAUCUAAUCCAUGUUGGAAAUUAACAAUUAAAAAUCAACUCUGAGGCCCGAAACUAAGUACACCAUGAGCCGAAUGAAGCCUACUCUAGUACAUGGGUCUAUUGUACCCGAAAUAGACGAUUCUUUUAGUCCUGACGCAAUUGACUUUGUUGGUUCCAUUAUAAUGAGAGGAUUAUCAUGUGCUUUUACAUGGAAUACUAAAAUCAGAGUCUUUAAUGACACUGAUUUAGACGAACUUGUUGAUCGCUUACCGCUGGCAGUUUCUACAUGGCAUAGGAUAAUUGAUUUAUGUCAUAUAGCUGUUUCUCAUCAUGUGAAGGGCAAUUUUAAUAGGAGCAAAGUAUUUUCAACAGAAUCUUACAUACCGCUUUUAGAGAUUCCAGGGAUACAAAGUAAUUGUACUCUAAUAAACCAGCAUAGACAGGCCCUGAAACAUGUUCUUGAUUCGACAUCAGCAUUCAUUCAGCUAUCAAGUUGUGAUGACUAUAUGGCACGUCGAAACCUUUAUGAUUAUGCCAAAACAAUCCCGAGCUUUGAUUCUAUGGAUAAAAAACAGCGUGCUGCUGUUCAUGCUAUUCGCUCCCAAUUAACGGAGUAUCCUGACAAUAUGUUAUGGGCAAGAGAAGCUGUAAAACUUGACCCAGAAGAGGGACAAUGGCAUUUUUAUCUGGCUGAAAUACUUUUUGAAGCUGACCAAAGAGGACAGUUUAAUGGCAAAGCUAGAGAUGAAGCAUUUAAAGAGGUCAUGAAACACAACUCUUUAUCUCUCAAACUUCGUCAAGAUACCCCACAGCCUUUUCUCCUCUUGGCAGAGAUUCUUGUAGCUGGUGGUGAUGCAGACAGCAGUGAAAAGUCUUAUGUAUUAGUGCAAAACGCAUUAAAAAAAUUCCCAAAUAGUGCAUAUGUGCAUGAGAGAGCUGCUGAUAUUCUUCAAUCAUCACAACCAACAUUUUAUUUUUUGCCAAAAUCUUACCUCUUGAUUGAGCCCUUCUACAAAAAGGCUCUUAAGCUAGCUGGAAAAGAAUGUGCAACCCUAAGGCACAAGUUAGGUAUACAUCAAGUUUUGUUAGCUCAGUUGAGACUUGAGAAUUUUGAAGGAAUCCAUGAUGAAGGUAUCAAAAACUUGGAACUUGCUGCAUGUUCCAUUCCUAACGCCAAAAUACAUCUUAACUUAGCUAAGAAGGGUUUGCUGGAUUCAAGCGUUGUAGGUAUUCCACAAAUGCCAAUGCCAAUUUUAUGUAGAGAAGAAUCUUCGUCAGAAUCUUCAGAAGCAGAUUACACUGUUGUUUUAAGUACAAAGAAGAAGAACAAGAAGAGAAAAGGGAAGAGCAAAAGCAAAAAGAAGUAAAUGGUCUAGCACAUGUUUUUACUCUCACGACCAACUUGAAUUUUCAAGUAUUUAAUAAAAAAUUAAAUUAAAAACUGAGGAUGUGAAGAGGAUGUGAAUCUUUGUUGUUGUAAUUUAUUCCAAGUAAAAUGAAAUGAUAUCAAAAA